AUUACAACUAAAUGUAUAGCCUUUUGACCAACUAACUCAUCUUUGACUUCUAACUCAGCUAAUAACACAACUAUUGGAAUACGUAUUAGAAUAUGCAACAUUAUUAUUAUUCUAAUGCGUAUGCCUAUCCUUAUGUAAAUCAAACUUAACUCUAUCCUUAACCAUUUGACUAAAUCCCUGCCUAAUCUGAACAAGGUAAGCAUAACUAUCCUAUUAUUAGUGUAAUGCAAGGAGGAUGUUAGUACAACACAGGGUACAAGAAGAUCUUUUUUCGAGACUAAAGAUGCUGUACCUUUUGAAUCGAGGGAGACGUUAGAAAAAUAUAUAUUGAUGAUAGUCAAUGAGGAUGAAGAUGUAAAUUAAGUGAUUUCUUCGUUAAAAAACAAAAACCAACUUUCUUUGGCGAGUGUCCUUGAGAUCCUAUUCCAAAAGCAAUAGCAACAACACAAGAGUAGGGAGGAACUCAUUAAAUUUUGCUUGAGAAAAGCAUUAAAGUUCAUUUUCAGAAAGGUACAGGAAGAAAAUGAUAAAACAAGUAUUUAUUAGACUUAAUUUCUAAGAGAUAAAUUUGAAAUCCGCAUAGAAAAAAUUCAUCGAAAUAAUAGAACAAGAGACUAAGAGAAAUAUCAUAUUGCCAUUUAGAAAAAACAGCAAGAAUAAGACUAUGAAUUCUGAAUUCUUAAAAGAAAUAUUUUCUUCUAAGACUUUUGUUCGAUAUUAUGAAGAAUAUUUAAGUAAAAAUAUAAUAUAAUAACUUAGAUUGCUUAGAUGAAUAAAUUCAGAAAGACUCCAAAAAAAAAAUUGCGGCCUUAUGCAAUAAAAUAUAGAAUACAAUUUCAGACGAUAAAAUUGUAUAAAUUUUUUUUAAUCUAGUUUUCUUUCGAAGUUAAAAGAUUGCCUUGGUCUCUAUCCAAUGUCGAGAAAGUUAAAAUAACAGCCAAAGAAAUGUUAAUGUACUCUACAAAUUAGAAUUAUUGACUAAAAUAGAUUCAUAUUUACA